AGCCAUCAGGACCCAGGCUUUUCUUAGUUGGUGCCUGAUACUCCUGCUCUCUUGAACAUCUGCCAUGCCUCAGAAACAAAAGAGAAAGUGUCCCGCUCCUAAGAAACACUGCCCAGGCCAAGGGAAUACACUGCUCAUGCAGGAAGCUCAGGCUCCUAACAAAAAAUGCCCUGGCCAAAGGAAGACCCAGGUCCUGCAGGAAGCUCCUGCUCCUAAGAAAAAGUGCCCAGGACAAGGGAAGACCCAGGCCCUCCAGAAAGGUCCUGCUCCUAAGAAAAAGUGCCGAGGGCAAGGGAAGACCCAGGCCCUCCAGAAAGGUCCUGCUCCUAAGAAAAAGUGCCCAGGGCGAGGGAAGACCCAGGCCCUCCAGAAAGGUCCUGCUCCUAAGAAAAAGUGCCGAGGGCAAGGGAAGACCGGGGUCCUCCAGGAAGCUCCUGCUCCAAAGAAAAAGUGCCCAGGGCAAGGGAAGACCCAGGCCCUCCAGAAAGGUCCUGCUCCUAAGAAAAAGUGCCCAGGACAAGGGAAGACCGGGGUCCUCCAGGAAGCUCCUGCUCCUAAGAAAAAGUGCCCAGGGCGAGGGAAGACCCAGGCCCUCCAGAAAGCUCCUGCUCCUAAGAAAAAGUGCCCAGGGCGAGGGAAGACCCAGGCCCUCCAGAAAGGUCCUGCUCCUAAGAAAAAGUGCCGAGGGCAAGGGAAGACUCAGGCCCUCCAGAAAGCUCCUGCUCCUAAGAAAAAGUGCCAAGGGCAAGGGAAGACCCAGGCCCUCCAGAAAGGUCCUGCUCCUAAGAAAAAGUGCCGAGGGCAAGGGAAGACCCGGGUACUCCAGGAAGCUCCUGCUCCUAAGAAAAAGUGCCGAGGGAAAGGGAAGACCCGGGUCCUCCAGGAAGCUCCUGCUCCUAAGAAACAGGGCCUGGACCAAGGGAAGACCCCAGUCCAGGAAGCUCCUGCUCCUAAGAAACACUGCCCUGGCAAAAGGAAGACCUUGGUCCUCCAGGAAGCUCCUGCUCUAAAGAAACAAUGCCUAGGACAAGGGAAGACCCAUGUUCUCCAGGAAGCACCAGCUAAUAAGAAAAACUGCCAAGGGCAAAGGAAGACCCCAGUCCUCCAGAAAGCUCCAGCUUCUAAGAAACACUGGCCAGAUCAAGCGAAGACCCAGGUCCUCCAGGAAGCUCUGGCUCCUAAGAAACACUGGCCAGAUCAAGAGAAGACCCAGGUCCUCCAGGAAGCUCCAGCUCAUAAGAAACAGGGUCUGGACCAAGGGAAGACCCCAGUCCAGGAAGCUCCUGCUCCUAAGAAACACCGCGUUGGCAAAAGGAAGACCUUGGUCCUCCAAGAAGCUCCUGCUCUAAAGAAACAAUGCCUAGGACAAGAGAAGACCGAGGUCUUCCAGGAAGCGCCAGCUAAUAAGAAAAACUGCCAAGGGCAAAGGUACACCCCAGUCCUCCAGGAAGCUCUGGCUCCUAAGAAACACUGGCCAGAUCAAGUGAAGACCCAGGUCCUCCAGGAAGCUCCGGCUCCUAAGAAACACUGGCCAGAUCAAGGGAAGACCCAUGUCAUCCAGGAAACUCAGGCUCUUGCUACAAAGAAGAAAAUAUUUCUGUCUUCCUGUUCUCCUUUGGUGGUUACCCCUGGCACAGAUUCUGCUUCUCAGUCACCAAGUCCUCUAGAGGGCUCUGAGAGAGCAGUUUCUACUGCUAUAGCAAUAGAUAAGUCAAACCCAAGAUCAAAUGAAGGAACCAAAUGCAAAUGUAAGAAAAAGCAUCUUUCUUCUAAGGCUCCCUCCUCCACCAUACAGUCUCCCAAAGAUGCUCUAACCAAAACAGCCAGCAGAUUGGUGAACUACAUCAUUGAAAUGCACAAGAUGCAAAACCCUAUUAAGAAAAAUGAUAUGUUGAAGAUGGUCAAGAGAAAGUACAAGAAAUGCUUCCCAGAGCUCCUGGUAAGAGCUGCUUUUAACAUAGAGGUGGUAUUUGGCAUGGAAUUAAAGGAAGUUGAUUGCACCAAGCACUGUUAUUCUCUUGUCAGCAAAAUGAAUCUCCCCUACAACGGGAUGCUGAAACGUGGCAGGGGAUUUCCCAAGACCGGUCUCCUAAUGAAUCUUCUUGGAGUGAUCUUCAUGAAGGGCAACUCCAUCACUGAGGAGGAGAUCUGGAAAUUUCUGAAUAAGAUGAGAAUAUAUGCUGGGAAGAAACACUUCCUUUUUGGGGAGCCGAAAAAGCUCAUCACAAUAGAUCUAGUGAAGCUGAAAUAUCUGGAGUAUCGCCAGGUGCCUGACAGUGAUCCUCCCCAGUAUGAAUUCCUGUGGGGUCCCAGAGCCUAUGCAGAGACCAGCAAGAUGAAAGUCUUGGAGUUUUGGGCCAAGAUCAAUGAUAUUACACCUACUGCAUUCCAGUCCAAAUAUGAAGAGGCUUUAAAAGAUGAAGAAGAGAAAGCUGAUCCCAUAAUUAUACCCAGUGAGAGCAGUAAAGACACAAAGAAAAAAUGUUCUAUUCCAGGGGUAGAAAUUCUUCCCACCAUUAUUGAAGUUGACGAAGAAGAAGAUUCUUAGCUUUGUAACUGAAGAAAGUACACGGUGUUCCUGGCAGUGAAGGGUGGCCGCAUCUAGAGGGAACACAGUGGAACAUUCUUCUGUGUUCCUGUUUCAC